AUGACAGAUGCCAGCAGUGGUGGUGAUGACAAGCCCCAAGCCACAUUUGUUCCAUUACUUCCAGCUCCUUGUUGCCUUUCCAUUCGCUGCCGUGAGAGCUCCUUUCUCUUAUCUGCACCAAGCCAGAGUCAAAAGUUUUGCAACCAGGUGAGUUUCUCUAAGGCAGCAGAUGCAUUUGCCUUUGGAGAGGAUAGCAGCAGCGAUGGGCUUUCUCCAGACCACAAUCGAAGCGAAGAGCCCCAGAGUUCUGCGGGAUCCCCUCCAGAUGCUAAAGCCACGGAAGCCCCUUUGGCAGGCCCUGUGGGGACAAUCCAGGAUCUUGUUUCUGGCUCAGAAAAUGACAAGAAUGACUCAGUCUCCCAGCCCAGCAACCAGUCUGACUCGGGGAAGCAAGCGCUCAGCCCUCUCAGCACACCACUCCCUGUCCAUGCUGCUGUAAAGUCCAAGUCCUUGGGUGACAGUAAGAACCGCCACAAAAAGCCCAAGGACCCCAAGCCAAAGGUGAAGAAGCUCAAAUAUCACCAGUACAUUCCGCCAGACCAGAAGGCAGAAAAGUCCCCACCGCCCAUGGAUUCAGCCUACGCCCGGCUGCUCCAGCAGCAGCAGCUCUUCCUGCAGCUACAGAUCCUCAGCCAGCAGCAACAGCAGCAGCACCGGUUCAGCUACCCUGGAAUGCACCAAACACAGCUCAAAGAACCAAAUGAGCAGAUGGUUAGAAAUUCAAACUCUUCUUCAACACCACUGAGCAAUACCUCUCUGUCCCCUGUCAAAAACAGUUUUUCUGGACAAACUGGUGUCUCUUCCCUCAAACCAGGCCCACUCCCACCUAACCUGGAUGAUCUCAAGGUCUCUGAGUUAAGACAACAGCUUCGAAUACGGGGCUUGCCUGUGUCAGGAACCAAGACUGCCCUCAUGGACCGGCUUCGACCCUUCCAGGACUGUUCUGGCAAUGCUGUGCCCAACUUUGGAGAUAUAACAACUGUCACUUUUCCUGUUACACCCAACACACUGCCCAAUUACCAAUCAUCCCCUUCCACCAGUGCCUUAUCCAAUGGCUUCUACCACUUUGGCAGCACCAGCUCCAGCCCGCCUAUAUCCCCUGCCUCAUCUGACCUGUCAGUGGCUGGGUCCCUGCCUGACACCUUCAAUGAUGCCUCCCCGUCCUUUGGCCUGCACCCAUCCCCAGCACAUGUGUGCACAGAGGAAAGUCUUAUGAGCAGCCUAAAUGGGGGCUCUGGUCCCUCUGAGCUGGAUGGGCUGGACUCAGAGAAGGACAAGAUGCUGGUGGAGAAGCAAAAAGUGAUAAAUGAGCUCACCUGGAAACUGCAGCAAGAGCAAAGGCAGGUGGAGGAACUGAGGAUGCAGCUGCAGAAGCAGAAAAGCAGCAACUGUCCUGAGAAGAAGCCACUGCCUUUCCUGGCCACCCCCAUCAAGCAGGAAGAUGCUGUCUCUAGCUGUCCUUUUGCAUCCCAGCAAAUAUCUGUGAAAGGACAAAGCAGCAACUCAGAGAGCCAACCAGUGGCCUGUGAAGAUGCUCAUCUCCUGCCCCUUGGGAACACUCACUGUGUGGAAUCCUCAGAUCAAACCAAUGUACUCUCCUCCACAUUUCUCAGUCCUCAGUGCUCCCCCCAGCAUUCACCACUCGGGGCUGUGAAGAGCCCUCAGCACAUCAGUCUGCCCCCGUCACCUAACAACCAUUACUUCCUACCUUCAUCUUCUGGGACCCAGGGGGAAGGGCACAGGGUCUCCUCACCCAUCAACAGCCAGGUGUGCACCACAAAGAACUCAGGGGCACAUGAUGGCCAUCCUCCAAGCUUCUCCCCGCUUUCUUCUGGCCUCUAUUCCUCUUUCUCUGGAGCCCAAGCAGACAGUAGUCAUGGUGCUGGGAGCAACCCUUGUCCCAAAAGCCCAGUUGUACAGCCAAAGAUGGCUGGUUUACACUCUUCUGAUAAGGUGGGGCCAAAGUUUUCAAUUCCAUCCCCAACCUUUUCUAAGUCAAGUUCAACAGUUUCAGAGAUCACCCAACCUCCAUCCUAUGAAGAUGCAGUAAAGCAGCAAAUGACACGAAGUCAGCAGAUGGAUGAGCUCCUGGAUGUCCUCAUUGAAAGUGGAGAAAUGCCAGCUGAUGCCAGAGAAGAUCAUUCAUGUCUUCAAAAAGUCCCAAAGAUACCCGGGUCCUCCCGCAGCCCAACUGCAGUCCUCCCCAAGUCUUCAGCCUCCUUUGAACAGGCAUCUUCAGGAGGCCAGCUCUCCUUUGAUCACUAUGCCACCGACAGUGAUGAGCACCUGGAAGUCUUAUUAAAUUCCCACAGCCCCACUGGAAAGGUGAGCGAAGUUACCCUUCUCAAACUUGGGAGCGAGGAGCCUCCUUUCGAGGGGGUCAUGGAUGGCUUCUCAGGGAAGUCUGCAGAAGAGCUCUUUAACACACAUGAGAUCUUGCCAGGCCCCCUCUCCCCCAUGCAGACCCAGUUUUCACCCUCUUCAGUGGACAGCAGUGGGCUGCAACUAAGCUUCACCGAGUCUCCUUGGGAAACCAUGGAGUGGCUGGACCUCACUCCACCUAGUUCCACACCAGGCUUCAGCUCCCUGGCCACCAGUGGCCCCAGCAUCUUCAACAUUGAUUUCCUGGAUGUUACAGAUCUCAAUUUGAAUUCCCCCAUGGACCUUCACUUACAGCAGUGGUAAGAUGCUGGGGGCACCAGUGCUAAGGAAGACCAAUAGGAACACCACAGGAGAAGCGCACAACUGUAACUACUUAUGUCAUCCUAAGGAAGCAAUGGAAACUUCUGUGACAAUCGAGAAGUACAAGCAGGAGUCAUUUAAAAAACAUUUUAUAUAUAUAUAUAUAUAUAUAUAUAUAUAUAUGAAAUGUACUAUUUACCAACAUUCAGUAACUGUUAAUAAUUUCAGAAAUGCAUUUUAAAAUGUGCUUUCUCAAAUUAAGAAUGCCAGAAAAAAUUCUUUCACUGCCUUUUCUAAUAUCAAUUUUUUUCCAGCCCAUAGAUUUUCUC